AAAUGGAAGAUGAAAAAUAGUAGAAGGACAAAGCAGAAAAGUCUAGUUGAAAAGUUAAAUUUGAUGGAAAUUUAUAUGGCUAUUUGUUCAAUUUAAUAAACAGAGAGUGAUCAGAACUUGUAUUUUUCUGUAAAAUAGUAAAAGGUGUGUUUUUAAUCAAAAUUCAGUGUUGAAAGAGCUCAGAAAAAAUCAAAUGUCUUUCCACCGACCAAUAGUUCUAGAUUUCCCAGAAUCAAGCAAAAAAAAGAUGAGCCCCUCAAAAAAAAGAAAGAUGUCGCAAGGUUUAACCUCGUUGCAGGGCGGCUCCAACAAAGUGUUUAUACAACGCGAUUACAGCGAAGGCACCUCGGUCAAAUUCCACACACGACUUCCCAGCGAAUUAGAAGGCCUGGUUGAGCGACAAGUAUUUGAGUCAACGAUUAAUCGACUAAAUGAAUUUUUCGUCGAAGCCGAAAAGGGCUCUUGCAGUACCUAUUGUGAGGGAUGCAUUGGAUGCAUUACCGCUUAUCUUAUAUAUAUGUGUUCGGAAACGCAUUAUGAAAAGACACUUCGAAAAAUUUCCAAAUUUAUUGCUUCCCAAAAUGAGCGAAUUUACAAUCCGAAAGGAUUGCAAGUUAUCGACCCAACAUAUCGAGGCUUGCGCGUUAUAGAAAUAUCUGUGUUAGAUCGUCCAGGGCGAACGUGACUCCCGCUUUCCCAUUCUACCGAAGAGUUUUUCAUGUGAAAGUAUUUGGGGCAAUGUUUGUGACAACAACAAAGGAAUACAAAUUAUGCGCCGAUAUACAAAGUUUUAUUAUUAUAUUAUAGCAUUUUUUAGUAUGAAGGCCAAUUUUAAUUUAAUCAUCUCUAGUUACAUCUAUUUGUAAUUAUGUAUAAGUAAUUCGAUAUGUGCAUAAAAUAGUAAUCCCGGAGUAACAGAUACUGACUGCUGAUCGAGAAGCCGUGCAAAACGCUAAAACAACAAAAUUUUGGAUUUUGAAGUUAACCUUCUAAAAUAAUAUUUAUAUUGAAAUGAAGUGAAAAAUAUUGCAUUUUAUGCCCUAUUUAUAUUAUUUGUACUGAAUUUAUAUACCCUAACACAAACGUUUUACUUAGUAAAUAUAACAAGACGAGCGAUACGCCAGGUGUGUCCAACUUCGGCGAAGAAAUUUGGAUUUAGCGAAUUUUGAAAAAAUUACGGCUUUAAAAGUUGUAAGCAAAACUACGCAAACCAACUAGUGUUUCAUAUUAAAUCAGUUGUAUAUUGAUAUUUAUACAAACUGUUAUAAAUUCUGAAAAAAUACAAAACCUUCAAACGAUAAUGUAGUAUGUGUAAGUCACUAUUUAAAAUUGAACAAAAUAAUUAAAGAAUUAAUGUCUAAGUGUUCGUAGUCCAGCGCAAAUAUUUAUGAAUGUGUUGCUACAAAAACUGAUGUUAAUUAAAGAGAAUACUAAUAAAAAAUAUUGAAAUUCAAAUGA